UGUUUCUUCUUCUACUUCUUCAUCAUCAUCAAAGAGGGUAUGAAAAUAUGAUGUGGCCAUAAGUUACAAUGAUAUGGAAACUCCCCCGUUUUACAAAAUUCUUUGGAAUGCUUAGAAAAAGAAGGUUUCAGAAUCGGCAGGAGCUUAUUGCCUAACCCAUUUGAAAUAAUUGAAGAAUCGCAGAUUUAUAUAGUUGUCUUCUCAAGUAGAUAUGCUUUCUCCCCAAGUUGCUUGGACAAACUAGCACUAAUGUUUGAGUGCAUGAAGGCACCAGGCCACAAAUUUCUGCCAAUUUUCUUCAACAUCGAUCCGUCUGAAGUGAAAACAUGGCUAGCUCCAUUUCAGACACUACUAGAUCAACGCCCAAAUUUGGUCAUACAAAACUCGAAAGAUCAAAGACGAGUUAUUGGCAAAAUAGUUGCAGAGGCAAAGAAACUUUUGGUCGAAGAGACAUUCGCAAUGGAUGUCCAGAGAUGUGUAGGGUCGUCGUCCAAGGAGAUAUGGCCAUGGAGCUGUGAUGUGUUUGUAUUGAAUUUCAUAACUGAGGACAAUCGCUCAUUUGUUGAAGACCUUCGCAAUGCUCUACAUACAAAUGGUGUAGUUAUGGCUUCACGAGAUUCUAUUGCUCAAGCUCCCAUGGACAAAUACAAGCUUUGUGUUUUUAUCAUCUCAAAAAAUUGUGGGGCCCAAACACGCUACUUGGAGGAAAACUUAAAGGGAUGUGUAAAUUUUCUGCCAAUCUUUUGGGAGCGGACUCCUUUCAAGUACAUAGGGAUAGUUAUUUGGAAAUGGAACAAAAGUUGGUGCUACGUUCAAUAACAGAAUUGGUGGUUCGAGAUAAGAGCGAUCGGCCUCAGGUUAUUGGUAAUAUUCUUGAGAAUCAUAUUAACAACAUUUUGCGUGAAAAGCGUGCUCGGAUAUCAAGUCUAUAUGACGCAAAGAAAAUAGAUAUAUCAGGAGAAAUAGCUACAGUUGGGAUAGGACAUGAUCGUGUAGAAAAAUUAAUUGAGAUUCUGAAGUUAGGUUCAAAGGAUGAUGUGCGAGUUGUAGGGAUUAGUGGGAUGGGGGGAGUAGGGAAGACAGCUCUUGCCGGGGAUGUCUUUAACAAAAUCUCCCACCGUUUUGAUUCUGCCUAUUUCAUCUCCAUUCCCAGUAACAAAGACAUGUUAAAAGAGGCAUUUCUUCGGAUAGCUUUCCCAGAAGAAUUUGAACCUCAAUAUUCUGAAAGCCUAAGACUACUCUACAGGAUGCUUGUUGUUUUUGAUGAUGUAGAUCAUCAGGGACUUUUAGAUGAAGGAUGGAUUAGAGGUUUGUUUGGAGGAGGAAGUAGAAUUAUCAUAACAAGCAGAGAUGAGGGACUCCUUAGGUAUCUUGGAGCAGAUGAAAUUCACAAGGUGGAACUAUUGAAUCAAAAUGAAGCUCUUCGACUUUUCUCCAAAAUUGUUUUCAAAGUAAUAAACCAAUGAGAGGUUAUGAGGAGCUGACCCUUGAUGCACUUAAAUAUGCCGAUGGCCUUCCGUUGGCUAUUUAAAUCAGUGAGUUCAUCGCUGGUUGGUCUAAGUGUUUCAGAGGGGAAAAGUGUGUGUUGACCAGGCUGCAAACGGAUCCUGACUUUUCAAUGAUCGCGGUGCUUCAAAAAAGUUUUGAUGGACUCUCAUUGGAACGGAGAAAAGCUUUCUUGGAUAUUGCAUGUUGCUUUGCAGGUCAAAAGACAGAUUACGUCAAAGGAAUUUUACGAACUGAAUAUCCUGGUCGUUAUUCUUAAGACGACACUCAUGCUCAAGGUCUUACGGAUAAGUCAUUGAUAAUCAUAUCAAAUCAAAUAAUAAAAGUACAAUCUAUCCUAAACAAUUGGCAAAAAUAAUUGUUCAACGUGAAUCUUCUCAGCGUGGAAUGCGGAGUAGGAUAUGGAAUUAUGCAGAUUUUCAUCAUAUUAUGGAGACAAACACUGGAACUAAUCGUGUUGAAGUCAUAGUGGCCUCAAAUAAUGAAGAACAUCCACAAUGGAGAACAUUAAACAUCGAAGGUUGUCAAAAAUGAAGGGACUUAGAAUCCUUAUAUUAUGCGGUGUGAAAUUUUCAGGAAGUCUGAGUGUUCUUUCUAACAACUUAAGAUAUCUUUCUUGGAAUAAAUAUCCGUUUAAUUAUUUGCCGUCAAAUUUUAUUCCAACAUAUCUUGGAGAAUUGAUCAUGCCAAAUAGCAACAUGACACAACUAUGGAGAGACCAAGAGAAAGAUAUUCCGCUGUUAAGAAGCUUGAACCUCUGUGGCUCUAAAGAUCUGAAGGAGACACAUAAUUUUAGAUUGCUUCCAAGUCUUGAGAGGUUAGACUUGGAAGGAUGCACUUCAUUAGUGCAGCUUCAUCCUUCUAUUGCGUAUCUGACAAGGCUUAAGUUUUUGAAUUUGAGAGACUGCACAAAUCUAAUAAGUAUUCCAAAUGAAUUAUUUGUCAAAAGCUCUCUUGAAUUUCUAAAUCUGGCAGGUUGCUCCAAAUUUGCCCAAUGUUUGACGUUUCCCGAACCGCACGAAGUAACGUUGUUGGUGGAAGCAGAGAUCAAAAGCUCCCCUGAAGUACUAUGUCGGGCUGCCUGGUUUGAUAGAGCAAAACGAAGAAAAGCAGAAAUGGAGGGAGCAUCAACAUCGGACCGAACUCAUUAUAAAAAAUGGAAGGCUGCAGCAAUUACUGAAGGGAUUGAGCAAGCUUCCACGAGUUCACAAUUCGCGUUUUUGGAAUUGAGAAGACGAAUGUUAGUGGAUGAGUUCUAUUCAAAAAUGAGAUCAAUCCUUGGUGACAAAAGUAAGGAAUGUGCUCGAUCCAAUAUGCGAUAAGAGGUUUGACGAAAGGUUGGGUUGGAAUUUCGUAAAUCGCAUUAAUGCAUAACAUUUGCCUUUGUUAUGGAGCAUUUCUAUUUUAUAAUUAUAUCCAAUCACAUACAUUAUUUGUGGUGUCUCAGACUUCGACACAUUAUUUUACAAUGUGAUAGUCAGCCACAUAUAUUUAGCAAAGACAAUUGAUUCAGAGCU